AUGGAUUACUAUGCGAUUGUGUCCGGUGGAUCUUGCCCUCUCUUGCUGCUUUUUACGUUGUACGAUGAAGGUGCAAGAAAUUUCUGGAUUCACAACACGGGCCCACUGGGCUGCCUGGCCCAGAACGUAGCCAAGUUUGGGACCGACCCAUCAAAACGGGAUGAGCUAAGGUGGGUGAGCACUCAUCAGCAAGCUGCCAGACUCCUCAACCUGCACCUCCACGCGCUCUGUAAAAAGCUGCAGGGCAAUUACACCGACCCCAACGUGCCGUACGUCGAUAUCUUCGCAAUAAAAUCCAAUCUUAUUGCAAACUACUCUCGUUACGGUAAGUGCAAAUAUUAA